UUAGCUAGAUCUCUCUUCCUUCUCUGACGCUGCCAUGGAACGCAAUGCGAAAAGAGUAGUGCUCAAUCAUGCUCGAGGCAUGAUUCUUUUUUCUGUGCUGAACUCCACCACCCAAACCGUAUUGCAGGCCAUGAUAAUUCGGGAGAGUAAAAAGAUAUACGACGACUUCCAAGAAACGUGCUCUGGUCAAGGAUCGCAGUCGAGGAUUACGCGGGAAAACAUCGUCCUCCUGCUACUGCAUAAUUUCGCCAUGGUGAUGCAUAUCUUCGCCCUGAUGCGCUCUUCCGACGUGUUUGAUCUCUUUCUAUUCACACUAUUCGGACUUUCCGCUGGCUGUGGCUUCACGCAGUACUUUCGUGACAUGUUGAAUUGCGAGGAGCCAUGCGAUUGUUCCGAACGGAAGACGCGCGUAGGACUAGAAACUGCACGCCUCGUUCUCGCUCUGGUCUUCCUGAUAUUCGUAGGGCUCACGACGUUCCUGAGAUCUUCGAAUUAUAAUCCAGGAGCACCUGUCUAUAAAGCCUCUGUACCCACUGUCCUAUUCCUCGGCGUCGGAUUGGUGAUUUUAGCCAUCGACGCUAAGCCUGAUCCACUUUCAUGGCCGCUCCUCUUCUUGUGGAUCGUCUUUGCUGCAUUUUCCAUCUUUAUUUCCAUCGUGUUACCGGUUUUAUACCGUCAUCUUCUCAAAGGCCAAGAAGAUAAUGCGCCCGCUUCUAAGCCGACAGAUGAUGCUGAAACGAGAUCGACGUUUGAAAGCAAUAUUCGCACCUUAUCGCAGACGCUUCCCUCCGACCCGUUUGCAUCAUUUGCUCAAAGAGAUUCAAUCGGCAUUCACGAAACACCUGUUGCGCUUUCCUCGUCCUCCGCGACCGUUGGUGAAUACAAACCGGAUCAUGUGGCAGACCUCUUCUCUGUGAUUCCGACAUCAAGAAGCGAGUCGAUACUCCCUGAGGAGACGCGUUCUGCCCAGUAUUCGUUUGGUGCGGAAACAUUUAACAGUGCAGUUCCUAUUCGGGAUGCAUCGAUGGACGAGUCUCCAUGGGCACCAGAAGUUGGACAAUCCUCGCGAGCAUUACGCGAUUCACUUGAUACAACCUCCUCCAUGGGAACAGCAUUCAUAGCAGAAAUUGGUUCGCAGCUAUCUCCUCCCGACAACAGACACACACCAUUACCUCCUAAUGAAGAUGCCAAUGAAGAUUUACACGUCACGUCGCGCCAUUCUAUAUCUAUGCAACCUAUGGAAACGUUUCCAUCAUCGCUACCUGAUGGAGACAAUCAAUCCAUGACGGAAUCGUAUCUGUCUCCCAGCGUAUCCACUGUUCCCCCUUCUCAUUCACCUUCCGUGUCGAUUAAUACACUUUCAGUUCCAUUGUACACCGAUGGGCCGUAUUCAUAUCGGCCGCGUUACGAUACACUAUCUAGCGAUGGGACCUGCGAGACCCUCCCGAGUUACCACUCUCGACAGAACUCCCAUACGCUCCCAGAUUUACUAGGUAGACCUCCAAUGCCUCCAAACAUCGGGUCGCUGCCUGCAUUGCCGCCAUCGUAUUAGAUUUGUUGACACC